AUCAACCCGGCCGAUCUAUCGCUUUGCCAGGAGCUGUGUUGUCAUCUCAACCACAUGGAUCAAGUUGUGCAAACUCCAUCUCGGUGGAGAUGUCGGUCGAUUCAAUUCGCAAAACAUGCUUGAUUGAGCCUGCCAGAGACAAAAAGAUUACAUCUCGCUCCUCUAACUUAAAGAGGCCACCAACUCCAUGGCAAUCGACAAAGCCAAGUCGAUUAAGCUUGUCCAACCCAGGCAAUAAUCCCAGGGUCUGCGCCCACCGCCUUCACAACGGCGAGCGAUGUUCCCCUAAAAGGCCCCCAGACCCAACAGGGCCCUCUCCCCUACCAAACCCCUAUACCAUAUCGUGUCUAGUUUCACCGCACCGCACCUGUCAAAACCAUAUCUUGUGUCCCUCGGCUCCGAGUCCCUGUGUGCUGGGGGACGGACGGACUGACUCUGUCCUGUCGCAACCCUAGCGGUAGUGCUCCCUCGUCGGUGGUGCCUCGUCAGCGGUGUCUCGUCAAGUGGUGGACAGGUGGUGCAGAAGGGGAGGGAACGCAGAAACACUCCAGUGCCAGAUCUUGUCCGAGGGAAUC